AAGAGGAGGAGGAGGAGGGAGGGAAUGGAUCUUAGCUGUGUGUUGAGCCGAAGCUUCUCCUCUCCAGCCCACCUCUCACACCACCUGUCCUUUGCUGUCCACAGAGCCGAACAACCGGGAUCCGCCGCAACUCCGCGACUGCCAUUGUUCCAGAAGUGAGAGGAGAGCGUGUGCGUGAGGGGAGGGGGGUGCCGAUGGGAGCCAGUGCUUUGGCGGGGGACAGAGGGGGAUGCUGAACGGGGGGCGGGAGGGGCUGUUUGAGCUGGGACAGAGGCUCCAGCGGCAGGGGGAGUACCAAGCUGCCCUCCACUGCUUCCUCAGCUGCCUGCUCGGACUCACCCAUGUGCAGAGCUUCAACUCGCUGCCCAACUGCCUCCACCAGAUUGCAGAGCUCUUCAUCACUGAAAAGAACUAUGGGAAGGCGCUGCAGUUCAUUCAAGCUGAGAAGAUGUUCUACGAAGUGGCGCUGAUAGAACUGACCGCUCUGCAAAGGGACACUGGGCCACAGGAGGAGGCCACCCUGGGCUCGGCGGGGGCAACAUGGAGCAGUCCGGAAGAGCUGUCGGAGCAGGCGUCCCAAGCACAGCACCUGGAGAGGCUGGCCCAGCUCUGCAUCAUGAGCAAACAACCUCAUCUGGCUCUAGAAUACAGCGGAAAGGCCACUAAAAUCCACCAGAGGGCUUUUGGCAAUGACCACCCCAUCACAGCCCGGAGCCUGGAGCUCAUGGCCACAGUGUACGCGGAGAUUGGAAAAACAGAGUAUUCAGACUCCCUGGGCCAAUGUGUCUCGGCACUGUCCAAACGAUUCGCUGCGGCUGAAUCCAUCAAAGACACCACGGUCAACAGCUGUCUGCCCCACCACCACCACAGCGAGAAGCACUCAGAGAUCCGGCACAGGAAGGAGCACCAGCAGGAGGUGGAGGACACGGACAAGCCCAAGGUAACGUACAACAAGGUGCCCACUUCGAUUCUGAAAAGGCCAAGUCCGAGCUACGGUCUCGACUCGGAGCCGGGGCACAGGCGGAAAGGAGAGAGGAGAGUGAGGUUUCGAGAGCCCGAGACCACAGUACACGCCUACGAGACGUCUCCCUCCCGCCCCCACCUGGCCCUCUUCACCUGCCUCUUCCUUCUCAUGUCACUGCUGGGCGUGGCCAUGUAUUGCACGGACCGCCGGCGCCCCCAGAGGCUGUGUGAGGAACUGGAGGCCGCUCUGGCUGUCUACAUCCUCCACAUGAAGCAGCUGCUAUGGGGCUGUUGGAUAUGGUUAACCAUGCAGUGACUUUGACCAAUACAGGAGGAGAGAUGAUUCCUCUUUGGUUAUUUUCAAUUCUCUCUUAUAAGGUGCGUGGGCAUCUUAACACUUCAGCCAUAUGAUUGACAGGAAAACAGAGCAGCGUCAGAGCGCACUCUAGUGGACACGGGACGAAGUUUGAAUCCCAGAAAUAUGUAGCUUAUGUGUCUUGUAUGUAUAUAUCAGGAGAGGGCUGUCCCAAUCCUUUUGCACAUGCUCACAUAUACUCAAUAAUUCCACACUUUCUGUCUGUCAGUGUCUCCAUGGAAUGCGGAUAUUUAUUUUUUGUGUUAUUUUUGGUAUCUGUGUUUCAAUAUACUAAGGACUAACACACUACUCAGCCUUGAUAUUGCACAUUUAAGUGAAUGUAGGGAGGUCGGCUUGAAUGGCACUUGCACUAUUAGAGAUAUAGUGCACAAAAUAUGGCUCGGAAAGCAGAGGUGGGUAGAGAAGCCAAAAUUGUACUCAAGUAAGAGUAAUGUUAUUUCAAACUAAUAUUACUCCAGUAGUAGUACAAAGCAGCGGAAAUACAAGAAAUUACUCGAGUAAAAGCAAAAAAGUAUCUGGGAAAACUACUACACAAGUAACUUUAAGAGUAACUGUCUGGGUGUUAUAUAUGAUUUAUAAUUUGAUAUUUAUAACUUUAAUUGGAAGUUAAUGUAGUUUUAAGAAUUAAAUAUUUAAUAAUGCACAAAAUGUGGUAUUUUCAAAAGAUAGACAAAAAUUUGGAAAACACUAUAUCUGAAGGAGCGGUGCAAGAAACACAAAUGUUCAAAUCAUUUCAUAUUGUCGACAUACAGCUUUUGCCAUAGUGGGAAGAGGAACCAAAAUUUACUCUAGUAAGGGUACUGUUACGCUGCAAAAUAUAUUACUCAAAUAGGACUAAUGUAUGCUGCCAGAAAAGUACAAUUUCUCAAGUAACUGUAACUGAGUACUACCCACUUCUGUCGGUAAGAAACAUUGAAACGUGUCAUGUCACUGAGACUUGUCUAUUGUCAAAGAGGAUAUACUCAAGUGAAUGAAUGCUACUGCUUUCAAUGGUCUUUAUAAUCGCUUGUGUACCACGGAAUAACCUCCCUAAAACCAGGUGCAUAUCGAAAACUUACAAUAUUGUGGAGAAUUUAAAUUAAAAUGAAAACUGAAACAGGUAAUAUGAACAUUUUGUUAAAUUUAUCACAGAAAUUUUUAGACUGAAAUUUUACACAAUGUUAAAUGUGCACUGCGUAACUUUACUGGCACAAGGUCCACCACCUGUUUGUAUCUAUGGAGAUGUUAUUGCUUUGGACUGGAAUGUUCUACUACAGUAUCUCAAUAAACUGUGAAGAGGGAACACCACUAACAGCAAGAAAACAUAUUUUCAAGGUAUUUAUUUCUAUUAAAUGAAAUGAAUGCUAGACAGAUGUUUAAUGCUAUACUGUGUAACAUUCCAGGCAGAAUGAUAACAUCUCCAUGGAGACAAGCAGGUGACAGACCAGAAAAGUUACGUGGCACACUUUUAAAAAUUUUUGAUAUGCGCCUGUACAUGUCUUUUAAUAUUAGACACUUUCUGCGUGCACACAAAACCUUUAACUGACAAUUCAUUUUUUAAAAUUUUUGUUACCUUGUAUUCAAAAAUUUGUAUUGAGAAUAAUAAUAAUCAGGUUUUGUGAUGUCAAGCGCUAUCAUCAGACUGUUGUGAGCUAACUUAGGUGUUCCAUCGUCAUUACCGCUACUGCUACAAGGCCAAAAACAAUAGACAGUUCCCUUUAUCAAACACACAGAUGCAUUUUCUAACAGCCAAACCAUUGUACUAAUGCGUUUGGGGUCAAAGGGCACAGAAAUGAAAACCAACACCUCAUUAUAAGCAAUAACCCACACUAGAGUCAGUAAAACAUGUCCUUUAUAUAACACCAUUUUCAGGAAAAUCAGUGGAGUUUUUGGAUAGUGAAUGUCUCAUAUUUGAAGGCAAAAGAAAGAAGUAAUACUGUUGAUAUACAUACUGUCAGAGUACAAAACCAGUACUUAUACUAUUGGGACACUGUCAAAUGUAAAACCUGUUAUGUAAAAUAUAUAGUUCACAUAACAGGCCAUUUUCAAUAUGAUUACUGCAACAAAAUGGUACGGAUUAGGCAUUGAGAUAAACUGGUAAAAUGCAGAUAUGGAAUCAUUUAAAGCGUGUAACAAAAUGUGUUUCAGACAAAUGAAAACUUCACAAUUUAAAAGUAAAGAACAUAUGGAUUGGUGUAAACAUUCCAACCUAUAGAAUUGUUUUUCCAGAUGGCUUUUGUUGCUAAUGAUUACUCCAACUUUGUACAUUUGGAAUAAAAAUGACUACUGCUGCUACUACUACUACUGAGCUGCAAGAUUAAUCAUGAUCAAACUGAAAUCGCAAUUUGAAUUAGUGAAUCCCAAAGGCUGCAAUUGUUUAAGUACCAUCAUUUCCUCCACAAACAACAACAUCUACUCUUUUAUUCUGCAUAAAAACGCUGAUACAGUUUACAUCUGUAUUAGUUUGUCAGAUCAUGUUUCAGUUUUUUGUCAAUUCUACAGGACCCGUUUGGAAUGUGAACAUUGACCAGAAUCCUAUUAUUACUACCUAAAUCUCAUAGCAACAUAAUUCUUUGCAAAUUAUAUUUUCCCCAAACCAUUCAUCAUUUCACACAGCAGUUUUUAUUUUGAUUUGACAGUGUCCCAGCUUAUGUAGAACUGAUUUGUAAUUUGUCAUCAGCAAUAAACCCAACCCAUAUCAACCAUAUAAGCACACUUAGAAUAGUCUCCACAUUUGACCCACAUUUGUCCAAUCAUUUCUGGUCACUCUCAAGCAGUGCCUUUAUCGAUGCUCCUCAGUUCUUACUGUUUUAUGAUUUCUAUUGUUUUGAAUAAAAGUCUCAUUGCCUAUC